UCACAUCACCCAUGUUGUUUAAAGCUGUUAAAUAAUAAUAAUUUUGUUUUACGCACUUUGUAGAGAUGUCCAAGCAACCGUCUUUUGUAUCGCGCAACCUGGUGGCCAUCGUAAUGAUCCCCAGUCUGGUGGGGAUCCAUCUGGGCUGGAGCUACAUGCAAAACAACCGGAAAUUGGUCACGGAGGCGGAACAGAUCGACAUGCCGCCGGUUACGUUUGCCAGAUUUGUGUGGAACAAGCUGACGGGAGGUGGAAAUCCGACGGAAUGACAACGGCACUUGUGAUGAGCUUAAAACAUACAAUCUAUUUAUUGUAUAGCAUAAUUAAAACUACAUACAAACGGUA